CUUUGUGGACACCCAUUUCAAUGGCGACCCAGGCGAUGCUGUGAAAGGAGCAUUCUCUGAAGCCAAGCUUAUGGGUUCUCAGAAGGUUUCCAGCAGAAGUUGGUGGACCAGACUACAGGUGUGCCUCAAGAUCUGGAUUAAAGGUAUUUGGAUAUGGAUUAAGUGCAUGUGUCAUGCCACCUCUACAGAAAGGCCAGAAAUCUUGUUGUUCAGUCAACAACACAGAAACUCACAACAGUCCCAGUAUCUUCUGGUCCUUGACCUUCAUUGGAGUCACAGAAAAGUAGGUUCAAACACCAGCAAAUGAAUGCUCAAGAAACAAGAUAAUGGAGCUUGAAGGGUGCCUGGAGCUAAGGAAUGGCAUAAGACUUCUGAAAUACCUGGCAAGGGCCAGAAUGUGCCAGAAUUCCAAGGAAGGAAUACUGAGAGUCCUAUGGAAAUGGAUGACAGCAGAAAAGGAAAGAAGACUGAGAAUCCUGUGGAAGUAGAUGACAGCAGAAUGGUGGGGAGGUCUCUGCUGUUCCCAGCGCAUUGUGACAUCUGCAAAAGAGGGUCGACCUGCCCAGGAUCCCUGCAGGACAGGAAAAGGAGGGAAAUCUUGACAUGGAAGAAGUUCGCGGUGAAAACGAAGGCAAGCUGGAAAAGGAGGGAAAGCCAGAAGAUGAAGUAGAGCCUGAAGAUGAAGAAAAGUCAGACGAGGACGAGAAGCCAGACAAGAAAGCAAAGCCAGCACCACGCCAGGGCAAGCCAGAGGAGGAGGCAAAGCCAGAUGAGCAAGGGCAAGAUGAGGGGAAGCCCGAGAAGCAGGGAAAGUCUGACGGGGAGGGCAAGCGCCAAGGGGAGAGCAAGCCCGAUUCCCAGGCAAAGUCAGCCAGCGAGGCGCGGGCUGCAGAAAAGCGCCCUGCUGAAGAUUAUGUGCCCCGGAAAGCAAAACGAAAAACAGAUAGGGGGACAGAUGAUUCUCCCAAGAACUCCCAGGAGGACUUACAGGACAGGCAUGUAAGCAGUGAGGAGAUGAUGAGAGAGUGCGCAGAUAUGACUAGGGCUCAGGAAGAGCUGAGGAAGAGGCAGAAAAUGGGUGGUUUUCACUGGGUGCCAAGAGAUGCACAGGAUGCUUUAGUCCCCAGGGGCCCUCGGGGAGUCAGGGGGGUGAGGGGCGGCGGAGGCAGGAGCCAGAGGGGCCUACAUGACAUCCCAUACCUUUAAUGCCUUUGGCCUUCAAUUCUGACCUCUCUGAGGAGAAAGAACACUGCUGGCCCCGCUUUCCCUGGUAGAUACUUGCCAGGCCUGUGCUUUAACCUUCAGCCAAGACUCUGCUUCAGGUGUCACUGUCCUUACCAGCAGCCUUCUGACCCAACUCCAGUGCUCUCUGUCUUUUAGUACAGGAUUUUCACCCAUGUGCAUGUACAUUGUAAAAUAACAAUAAAAAGUUUGCAGAACUACA